AUGUCUGCUGAAUUAAAAGCUGUGUCAACACCUCUCCUCGAUGGUCACCAGGAUGACAAUGCUUUUGAGGGAUAUCGGUGGUCUUACUUUUCCUCUCUUCAGGAAGGAAGUCCAUUGCAACAGAGAGCUCAAAGCUUCUUGGAUAGUGUGAAUUGGGAUCGUCUUCUAACAUACGCCGCCUCGCUGAGAAAUCACCCGAGCUGCAUCCUCCUGCCAGAAAUCGGUCUCGGCUACAACCACAUGGUUCGCAUCGUGGAGUUUCCGGACAAGGUGCGGUGGUUAGCAAGGCUUCGACUGUCAUCCGUCUCACCGUCGGCAAAUAUCUCCGAGCAUAGCCAAAUGGAAUGCGAAUACUACACCAUCCGACUCGUCCAAGAAGCCAGUGAGAUACCGGUACCAAGGAUCCACGACUUCAUGAACUGUUCUGUUUCACAGAUUGGAGCAGACUUAAUGCUUAUGGACUGUCUUCGAGGGAACGCAGGAAUAGAUCUGAAUAUGGAUAUUCCGUUGCAUCACAAAGGUUCUGUUCUAUCAAGGAUGGCUGAGAUCCACAGUGAGAUUUCGAGAAUACUUCUUCCCCAGAUAGGAACAAUAUCCGGCAUAAAUGACGACGGCACGUAUCGACAAGGCCCCAUACCAGGUCUGGGAGGUCCGUUCGACACAGCGGCCGAUUUCUACAAGGCAUGGGCGUCGAAAGUAGAAUUUGGCCUGUCAGCGGAUCAACUGAAAGAAGCGACCGGUCAAUUCGCCGAUGAGAUAUCAGUUGCUAUUAUUGAUUUCAAAAAGAUGCUGUACGAAAAAUCCGCCAGUCUUUCCAUCCGGAAUGAAGGGCCCUUCCCACUCUGCCAUGGUGACUUUGGCCACAAUAACAUGAUCUUUAGUGAUAACUAUCACAUCCUUGGUGUCAUCGAUUGGGAAGGCGCCUUCGCAGCGCCAUGGGAAAUAUCGGGUGAAUUUCCACUAACCCUGUCCAUUGUUCCACCUGCGAUGGACGUACCAUGGAAUUAUGAUGCCCACGGGCUGCCAAAGGAUCCUCAGAGCAGGCAGAAACUUGCUGACCGGGAAGAAUAUAUUGCGCUGGUCGAAGAAAAAGAAAGAGAAGCUGUCUUACCAAGGGGGCAUAAGUUAUCCUCGGCAUUACGAGACUCAGAUCGACAGUAUCUAGCAACUGCAAUGAGUCUUUUCCAAAUAGGAAAGCCUGGGUGGUACUCAAAAGUCUUAGGAAGUUGA